ACAAUCCGCAACUAAUAUGUCCGACAUCCCGUCAAGGCAUCGCCGGAUAAUGGGCGUGUUUCUCUUUACCAACAUGUCGGCAUAGGAGUUUCCAGGUUCUAUGAAAACUUUACAAUCAAUAUUUACUAAGUUUAGACGUAAAGCAGUUAGCAUUUGGACGAAUACGAUGUGUGAGGGUAGCGCAGACUUAGUGAAGCCUUCUAAGAGUGGUUUACUUUGUAGGUUUGUAAUUUUUGUCGUAUUUAUUAUUAGCAUAAACUUCGCAGUUUCUGAAUGUAAAGGAAUCAGUCCAGAGAAAUGUCUCAUCUGGGGUUUAGGGCUGAACCCCGACACGGUUUUACCAGUCCGCUACUUCUUUAUUCAGGCGGUCAGCUCAAAGGGAGAAAACCUGACUUUGUCUCCAGGUAAAGACACAUUUAAAGUGAAGAUUAGCUCCCUGGACAAGCAGGAGCACAUCCGUAUCCACGUACCUCCACCUCUGGACAGAGGAGAUGGGUCCUUCCUGGUGAGGUACCGGCUCUACGGCACAGCACUCAAGGGUCUUAAGGUUGAAAUCCUCCACCAAGAUGCUGCUGUUGCCAAGUCACCCUACAUCAUACAAGGUCCGGUCCAUCACGAGUACUGUGACUGUCCUGAACCUGAUGCCUCCGUUUGGCAGAGUGUCAUGCAGUGUCCUGCUGAAGAGCCUCAGAUUCUGGCAGACUUUAAAUCCUUUCCCACAGUUGACCUGCAGCACCUCAGACAGGAAGUGCCUUAUAGAUUCUCUAACAGAGGAGGACUCAUUCACUAUGCCAUCAUCAACAACCAGCUGUAUCGCCGCACUCUGGGAAAAUACACAGACUUCAAGAUGUUCUCUGAUGAAAUGCUUCUCUCUCUAACAAGGAAGGUGAGGGUGCCGGAUGUGGAGUUCUACAUCAAUGUUGGUGACUGGCCAUUAGAGACAAGGAGGGCAGAUGCUGUUCCAGUCCUGUCGUGGUGUGGAUCCACAGACACCCGGGACAUUGUCCUUCCCACUUACGAGGUCACACACUCCACCCUGGAGACCAUGAGAGGCGUCACCAAUGACCUGUUGUCUGUCCAGGGAAACACUGGGCCUCCGUGGACUAACAAAACAGAACAGGCGUUUUUCCGUGGCCGGGACAGUCGGGAGGAACGUCUUCAGCUGGUCUCUCUGUCCAAGAAAAACCCUGAGUUGCUGGAUGCAGGCAUCACAGGAUGGUUCUUCUUCAGAGACCAGGAGAAACAUGUAGGCAGAGCACCACUUGUUGGAUUCUUUGACUUCUUUAAGUACAAGUACCAGGUGAACAUAGACGGAACAGUGGCAGCGUAUCGUUUUCCUUACCUGAUGCUCGGGAGCAGUCUGGUUCUGAAGCAGGACUCCCAGUAUUAUGAACAUUUCUACAGUCAUUUAAAGGCAGGCACUCACUACAUUCCUGUGAAGAGAAACUUGUCAGAUCUUUUGGAGAAAAUCAAAUGGGCCAAAGAGAAUGAUGCUGAAGCACGAAGAAUGGCCAGAGUGGGUCAGGAAGCAGCCAGAGAGCUACUGCAGCCCAGCAGACUGUACUGUUAUUACUACAGAGUGCUGCACAUGUACUCUGAGCGACAGAUGGGACAGCCAACACUACAUGUAGACAUGGAGCUGGUGCCUCAGCCAGAUGACCACACUGCUGUGUGCACAUGUGAACGUAAAAGCCAUAGAAGCCAGAAAGAAGAAACCAGCAUGAAGGAUGAACUAUGAUGGAAUGUGUCUUUUGCAUUUGUUCUCUGAAUCAUUCCUGACAAAUAAAGAGCUGAAAAUGAAAAUAAUGUUUCUGAUGGUCACAAGAAAAUGUGAAUUUCUCAGUUACAAUUAAACAUUGUAAUUGUUGCUUUUAUUUUGGACAGUAAAGAAAGUUGUAGGACAGAUUUAUUAUAAAAACCUAGUCCUCAGCAGCAGGACCAGUUAUAAUGCCACUCUUUAUUGUUUAAUACAGUUUGUUGUAUUGUUGUUUUGUGCCUUUGUAAAGCUCUGGUUAAUAAUGUGAGAAAGUGAGGAUAUAAUUACGGUUUUGUAAAAGUGCCUUUGUAUUGGAUAUUUAUAUACAAUCCUGUAAAAAUCUGUCUUGAAAUAAACAUAUACAGUACUGUACUGUCA